GAAUUUUUCCAUUUAAAUACAUUAUGUUUUCGUUUGUUUGUGUGAAUCGAAGCGUAAGAAUAUAUGCUAUAAAUACUUGAUAUGAAAGACAAGUUUAUCUCAAACUGGAUACCAAUCUCAGGAAAUAGAUAUGAAAACAUGAAUUUCGUGAUCGAAGACCGGCGACGACAGGAAUCGAGACAACUAUCGGCUCCCGAACUGGACUCGAAAGGCGGCAAAAAGAUUAUUAUUAGAUCCCAUUCCCAAAUAGAUGUUAUCAAUAAUAGGAGAAACGAUGACUCGGACACCGGCUCGCCGUACGGACGGACACCAAACGACAAUUACAGAGACAAUAGGACCCAAAGUCUGGUCCGAUCGCGACUCUCGAAGUUCGACACCGAGAGGAGCCGAUCGUUGUCGCCCUCGCCGUCCGCAUCCAUUCGCGAGGCCUCGUCGUCGCCAUCUGUAGAGUCGUCAUCACUCCCAUCCCCCUCAUCCAGUUCCUCAUCGCCAGAGAAACUCAUAUUUGGCAUCAGUCCUAAGACUCAUUCACUGUCGAGGGAGUUGUGGUCUAAAUAUAAAUCACUGAUUGAGUCGCGAAGGAAUGAGUGCCAGUCGUCCGCACAGUCCUCCCAACCCUCCCAACCCUUAGCGAGCGGUUGUCAUAAUGGGAACCAAUUGUGUAAAGACUCGAACGGAGAUCCGACACAACGAACAAUACACGAGAGGAAUACACCUGUUCCUAGUGGUGGUGGUAGUGGUGUGGGUCCCAAAAUAGACGGCUUAUCAUCAGCGCAAUCGCCACCCCGUGUAUCAGUUCCAGUGCCAGAGAGCUCGCAGUCAUCUGCGCUCACUCUAAGUGUUAUUGACUCCACAGCUCAGCCAACACCAGAACAGACCUCCUCCUCAUCCCUAACUGUGUCGACAAAUGCCUUGAAUUCAAAUAUCGCUCAAAUGUCGCCCUCACCUGUGAAAACAGUGACCGCAAACACGUCCACCACUUCCUCGGCAGCCAAAGGCCAGCUCACCAGCGAUUUGAGGAAUGGCCGCAACGGUACCGCCAAAUCGAGACCACUAUCGGCGCCGGAAUCGGCGUUACAGGAGUUUAUUGUCCGUCAGUUGACGGACGACGAGAAGGCAAUACUGCAGAAAAACUCACGAAACGGUACCAAAGAUGACAACCAGCCCACAGCCGACUCCAUCCAUUCAAACGGAAAUAGUGUGACAAACGGCACGACUAAUGCAAGUCUACGGAACGGCACUACAGCCAAACCCAUCAUCGAUAAGCCGAAGCCACGGAUUAUAACACUCUCGCGACCGCUGCCUAAACCCGAACCAAAAGCCGCUGAACCCAAGUAUGUGAACGGAAAGUUAGUAUUCGGACAAAUCCCGGUUAAGCCAUUCCUGGCUAAGGGGUCGGUCGCUGAGAGAGUGCUCAUGUUUGAGAAGUGCCCCGAAAAGACUUCUGUGACCAAAGUGAAGAUGUCUGACAAACGGGAUAAGAUGUCGUACAACAAAGUGGGCCAAUGGAUGAAACUCAAUAAUGAUAAUAAUAAUAAUUUUAAUAAUAAACAGAAUGACACCAUCACUCGGAGGUUUUCCCGGUCCAACUCCCUGACAGGUGCCUGUCCCCCGGGCCAAUUGCCUAAAUUUUACUACCCGUUAGGUCGACCCUAUUCCUCGCAUGAAGUGGAAACACAAAUCCGUAAAAUCACAGCAGUUUUUGAUAGAUUCCCGGCCAGAAUAGUGGGGCGCAAGGAGUUGGCAACUAUACUCAAAAUAGUUGGUCUGCCGCUGUAUUGGAAGGAACCGGUGUUCAGAGCAGUGAACAACACAAACAUUAAUAUUAAUAAUAAUGUAAAUAAUGGUAGUAAUGGUAAUGGAAAUGGAAAAAAGGAAGUCAUCAGUUGCGAGGCUUUCGUCGACUAUUGGAAAAAAGUCAUAUCCUCGUGUUAUGACAACGCCUCGCGUUUCGUCAAAAUCCUGACCUCUGGUCAACGCAACUAUCUUUUGCCCGAAGACUUUGCGCCAAUGAUUCAGGACGUGAUCGACACUCACCCGGGACUGGCAUUCCUGAAGGAUGCCGAAGAGUUUCACUCGCGUUACGUGCAUACAGUGAUCGCCAGAAUCUUCUACUGCGUGAACAAGUCAUGGACGGGCAGAAUAACGCUACCGGAGCUGAAAAAGUCUAACUUCUUGCAAGUGGUCUCUCUAUUGGAAGAGGAGGACGACAUC